ACUCACACACAACUACUACUCCACCACCACAACGGCUCUCAGGUUCCCUCGCUUUGACAGACGUCAUAUGGCUUUUAGUUGCGAAACCAAUCCAUCGCCUGUUAGUUAUUAAAUGACAUUUUACAAUCAUUGAAUCUGGUAUUGAAGGUGAUUUAUGGAGUCACCGCAGGAUCCGGCGAACGACCCGGGAACGCGCAGCUGUGAGCCCACUACGCCAGGCAUGGACACGCCGGGGAGCCUGGAUCCCCGGAACAAGCAAGACCGUAACGCUGGAGCUAUCAAAAGACACAACUGUUCCCCUGCCAGCAAAGGCGCCUCAGCAGCUGGGAAGAAGACCCAUACAUCUCAGAUUGAAAUAAUCCCCUGUAAGAUCUGUGGAGACAAAUCUUCAGGAAUCCACUAUGGCGUGAUCACCUGUGAGGGCUGUAAAGGGUUCUUCCGGCGGAGCCAGCAGAGCAACGCCGCGUACUCCUGCCCCCGUCAGAAGAACUGCGUGAUCGACCGGACGAGUCGCAACCGCUGCCAACACUGUCGCCUGCAGAAGUGCCUCACGGUGGGCAUGUCCAGAGACGCGGUGAAGUUUGGCCGCAUGUCCAAGAAGCAGAGGGACAGUUUGUACGCGGAGGUGCAGAAGCACCGCCUGCAGCAGCAGCAGCAGCAGCAGCAGCAGCAGCAGCAGCAGCAGCAGCAGCAGCAGCAGCAGCAGCAGCAGCAGGGCCAAGCCACAUCCCACCCCCUCCUGCACCACUCCCACCCCAGCCUGAGCAGCCAGAUGCUGGGUGAGGCCGACGCCCUGUCGCCCCACUACAGCCUGUCCUCCACGGGGCUCACCGAGCUGCCGGACGAGCUGGGGGGAUACAUGGACCAGCAGUCCCCCGAGGGCGGGUCGGCCAAGACGGACUCCAGUGGAGGAGGGGGCGCUGAAGGCUUCUACCUGAACAUCCAGCCGUCCCCAGACCAGUCUGGCCUGGACAUCGACGGGAUCAAACCAGAGCCGCUGUGCGACUUGGGUUCGGGCAACGGCUUCUACCCCUACUGCUCCUUCAGCAGCGGGGACAUGUCCCCCACCGUGUCCAUGGACGAGCUGGAACACCUUGCCCAGAACAUCUCCAAAUCCCACAUGGAGACAUGUCAAUACCUACAGGAGGAGCUGCAGCAGAACACCUGGCAGACCUUCCUGCAGGACGAGGUGGAGAGUUACCAGAGCAAGCCAAAGGAGGUGAUGUGGCAGCUGUGUGCCGUGAAGAUCACAGAGGCCAUCCAGUACGUGGUGGAGUUUGCCAAACGAAUCGACGGCUUCAUGGAGCUCUGCCAGAACGACCAGAUUGUGCUGCUAAAAGCCGGCUCUCUAGAGGUGGUUUUCAUCAGAAUGUGCCGGGCAUUCGACACGCAGAACAACACCGUCUACUUUGAUGGGAAAUACGCCGGCCCAGAGGUCUUCAAAGUAUUAGGUUGUGAUGACUUGAUCACAUCAGCAUACGACUUUGCCAAGAGCAUGUGUUCUCUGCAUCUGUCUGAAGACGAGCUCGCCCUCUUCUCUGCGUUCAUCCUGCUGUCUUCAGACCGCUCGUGGUUGCAGGAGAAGUCGAAGGUGGAGAAGCUGCAGCAGAAGACCCAGCUGGCUCUACAGCACAUGCUGCAGAAACACCAGAGGGGAGAGGAAAUCCUCACCAAGUUGAUCUGCAAGGUGUCCACGUUGCGGGGGCUGUGCAGCCGGCACACAGAGACGCUGUCGGCCUUCCGGGCCGUCUACCCGGACACCGUCAGGGCCCACUUCCCCCCGCUCUACAAGGAGUUGUUUGGCUCAGACUUUGAGGUCCUGCCAGCGGACAGCAGCUAGACCUGCUACCUAACCGUUUCCCACGCCGCACUCUGAGGUGGACCUUUGGCCGGGUUGCGAUCGGCCCUCUGUCAGGGGGCACUCUCUACGGCACUCCGUUGAGACACAGCCCUGCAGUGUUAUUGGGACACGGCCUACAGUAGGGACAUCAGCCUGCAUAGGGGGGACGGGGGGACGGAAAGGCUUCAAACCCUCGUUGGGGGUUUGUUCAUCCCGCAUCACCGCCACGUUGUCGUCCCUCCCGCCAUGCCUGGGGAGAAGUGGAUCAGACCGGAUCAGACCGCUUGAUCAGAGCGGAUCAGAAGGUCUUGAGGUGUCCACGUUUCUGAACAAAUCGAUUUUAGGAACACCCACAGUUCUUAACUCACAAGAAUGAACAUACAACUAUGGAAGCAUCAUUGCAUCUUAUCUUACAUCUCUUCCCUUACAACACUUUGACUCAUCCAUACCCAGCCAGCAUUUAUCUUAUGUAGACACACAAAUGCAUGCACACACACACACACACACACACACACACACACACACACACACACACACACACACACACACACACACACACACACACACACACACACACACACACACACACACACACACACACACACAGGUAGAGGGAGUGUGAGAGACAAAAGUACGUAGAUCUUACAAUGGAUGUGGAAUCAUAGUAUAACUCACUCACACACUCUCACACACACACUUUCUUAUUAUAAAUGAUGUUCUGUACCCUUUAAAUCUAGCCUGGCUCCGCCCGGCUAAGUACUUCCGCUCAAUUUGAAUUUCCCUUCAGUACUAGGUCUGGGUCUGCGGUAUGUUAGUGGGUUUUCUCGAUCUAAAUUUUCUGCGUCCAAUCAGCGAACAGGGAGUGGCUGAGAACAAUGACGUUAAAGUCAGCUCUUGUUUACUUACGUCUUCAUGCACAGUGUUUGUUUUGUUUACAGCCUGCGCGCAACGUGAUUCCUGGCCAAACGUGAGCGAUUGGUUACGGCAGAUCCAGGUGGCACUCGGCAGAUCCAAUAGUUUUAAACUUCAACAGACACCCGGCUUCAAGUGAGUUAACGUUUGUCAAUUGAGUAGGUCCAGACUCAUUGUACAAAUGAAAUGAAGUACGAAAGUCUGGUAGGACCAGGCUACUUUCAAUCCAGUCAUUGGUCAAAUUUCUCCAAACGUCUCAGGCAUUUAAGGACAAAGGUCAAAUCAAACAAAAUAUUAAAAAAUUAUUUUUUUGUGGCCUUUAAAAAGGCAUUCUCUCUUUUGUAUUAUUACGUUAUUAUUUCGUAAUACGGUCUCUGUAGAUGAUAAAUGCUCAAAAACAGAAGCAAAGGUUAAGUAAACUUUUUGCGGAGCUCCAGAGAGAUCAAGCUGUUGGAGAACAGAGGAAAGCCAAGCUGUAGUAUAGAACAGGGUCUUGUAUAAUAAUGAAAUGCAUGUUAAACCAAAUGCACAAUGAAAGUAGAUGAUGAAAUGAAAAGUUAUAUUCUUAAGUGAGACACACAUUUUUUGGAAAAUGAAAAGCAAUAAAAAAGAAAGUACUUGAUUCUGAAAGAUUAAAUUAUAGUUGUAUUCCUUUUGUGGCACCUCUUACAAUUUGCAUUUAUAUCAUAUUCAAAAAAAAUCUGUGAUGUUAUUUUGGAAGGUAACUUUUCUAAUUGAACAUCUUCGGUUGCAGACGGACAAUCAAUAUGCAUGGGAAUAGCCCUAAUCCCAAAAUCCUUAAGUGGACAAGAUCGAAUCUAAAGACCGAGGUUCGAGCUACAUGUAACAUUGCUAUGUUCCGCAUAGGGUAUUUUCAUGCCUCUCUUCACAAAACGAGCGGUGCCAUGUUCAAUUCUUUUUUUAAACAACCUGUUUAGAGGAUGCUUCCUAAUCAAGGGGCUAAUUCAGCACUUUCCAUCAAUCUCAAGUCACAGUAUGUUGGCGCAGUAUCGAACAUUUGAAUUAACACCACCAGAUACUGAAAUCGUCUGUUCUCAAGAUUUCCAUUAAAAGAAGUGUGUUAAAUAUUAUUUCAACAUGGCUUCAAUCCCUUGUAACUACCAUCGAGCAGCAUCCUAGCAGCACCAUUAAUAAUUUGCACUAAAGACAGCCAUCGCUUGAAACGGGUCUGCACUUAUGCAUCUGUGCUGGUUAAGGACAUAUUUAUUCCGCAAUAGACCAGACACACACUUGAAGCAAUAAAAGAGACAGACAUGCCACAAUAAGUACGACACCUUUUUAUAUGACUCCAUGGCACGCUCUAGUGGUUAUAAAAGUGAAGUGCAGCAUAUCGUGUCUAGUCGACAACUUAUGAAUCCAAAUUGACAACAGGGUCAGAUACCUAUGUGCUUUUAGUCAGUGUUUGCUGUAUUGUGUCCCAUUAUGCCUAUUUAUACAGAUAUAAUGCUACGGGUACAGUGUAUGUGUGUGUGUGCGUGUCUGUUUCUCGCUACACUCAAACCACACACACACACAAUCACACACACAAGUUUAAGGUUCAUUUUAUACGAAUUCAAACAUCUCACAUGUGCCAACAAGAUUAAACGCAAAGAGGAAAGGUCUCUGUGAAUGUUGCAUUUAAAUGUACAUUGUGCGUGUGUGUGUGUGUGUGUGUUAUAUCAAUACAGUUUCUCUUUCCUGCUUGUAGUUACGUGGCGCAAGCAUUAGAUGGUUCAUUAACAUAAUAAUGUAAUAUUGUAAAAUAUUAUUUGCUUUAAUGAUACGCUUGGAAACGCUGGUGAUGCAGUUGACAAAGUUUUCGGCAUGUUCAAUGUCUCGUCAACAAGACAGACUUAUGUAUUUUCCCAUGAGUCUGUCUCUUAUUUCAACAGAACAUGCACAUCACCUUUGGUUUUCUAUGCAAUACCUUUUCAUCAUGUAGUAUACUUUCAAUCUGUGUAUAUGUGUGCCAAUUGUGUGUGUGUGUGUGUGUGUGUGUGUGUGUGUGUGUGUGUGUGUGUGUGUGUGUGUGUGUGUGUGUGUGUGUGUGUGUGUGUGUGUGUGUGUGUGUGUGUGUGUGUGUGUGAGAGAGAGAGAGAGAGAACACGAGUAAUUAACACUGAUCAACCAAAUUCAUCCUUUUACUCAGGGAAAAACACAUACCUUUCGUUUAGUCUGUUUACACUAUUCAACAAUCCUGAUUAAUGAAUAAUUUGCCAAAUUUUGCGUUUGUUAGUUUUUCUAUGUGUAUCAAGUGGAAGACAUGGACUACAUUCCAUAUUCACAUCCUGGUCAGAAUCUAUUAAAACCAUUCGCAUGCUUCAAGAACCAAACCCAGUUGGAACUUUUAGAACCGCCUAUUCAGUGAAUCAUUCAACAGUUCUACUUUGUGGUCAAUAGUUACACCCAUUAGCUGACGGUCACUUUUAGUGUAAAUGAGUGGACAAACAUGUUGACUGUGUGUGUGUGUUUGUGUGUCUGUGUGCCAGUGUGUGUGUUUGUGUGUGUGCGCUAUCCAUUGUAUUCUUGUAGACAAACUGAGACCAAACUGUUGAGAAACUUUUUUUUGUAAAACAGCCAUUUUUUUAUUUAAUUUUGCCCCUAUUGCAUUAUAUUAACACGUUUUCUUGUUUACUUCCCUGCGUGAAUUCUGAUAAAAAAAGACAAUGUUGUGAACAUGACAUACUGUAUAUAGAGGGGUUGAGAUGACCUCUUACUGUAUAUAUACAGUAAGCAACACCAUAUGACAUGCAUUCUUACCAGUGGUAAGAUCAUUAGGGCCAGCCAAGAGAAAGAGAACCAUUUCUUCUAAUGCCUCCUCACGAUCGAAAGCAGAGUAGUGAAAAUAUUUAUGACAAAUAAUGAAAGUAACUGAGCCAUAAUUGAAUGUGAAGCAAUAAGGUCAAUGUUGUAUUUGUCAUCAUUCAUUUUUAUUUAUAGUUUGAAAUGUGGCAUGACAUGACGUACUGUACGGUACUUCUAUAGAUGCCUAAAUUACUGAAUCUGUUCAUUUGAUAUGCACCAUAAUGUACACUAUAUGUUAGAUAUGAACUGCUCUCUUUUAGAUGUAGAUAAAUAGAGUAUGUGUUUGGUGCUAGGUUACAAUUUUGUUUCAUCAACUCUGACACGCUUCUUGCUUUGCGGCUAUUAUUACUUGCGUAUAAGGAUGAGAAAAAUCAUCGUAUGAAGAGCAUAUUACCCAGCAUGCACCUGUAUCAGCGUACCAUGUUUGGGGCUAUUAUUCUCUCUGUUAUUUGGGUUUGUUAGUGAUAAGUAGUUCUUGUUUGGAUACAAACUAGAGCUGUCGAUUUCCGAUGUCCAAUUAAAUAAUGGUAAAAACAGAUGAAUGUUUCUUUUGGUUUUGGAUUGUUUUCUUAAAGUAUUAUUGAUUUAUCAACAUGGCAAUGAGUAGAAGACAGUUGUGGUUGUAAUGUCAAAAAUAUAUCCCAUAAAAGAUGCAAUAUAGUUGAGAUGUUGCUAUCGGAUCUGAUAGAAUCACCAGAAUUAAUACCAGUCAAAAUAACAACCCGACCACAUUCAAGACAUUUGGGUGGCAAAGUCAACCAUUAUCUUGAAAAAUAACAGCCCCGCCCCCUUUAUUGUACAUACAAUAAAGUUUUAUUUUGGAAGGAAGCAACAGUGGCCAAAGACUACAUUUGUUAGCCUUUUAGGAAUAUCUAUAUAUGUUUGCAUUUCAUUUUAAAUAUUCUGAUUAUCUGUGGAUUUUUACCCAAAUGAAGAAUAAAAUUUUCUGUUGGUCAGCUCAAAAACAUGAAGAAUCAUACCAACUUUGUUUGAUAUUGUUUAAUAUUAUUAUCUGUUUCUAAAUGGUCAGAACACCUGGAGGCUCAGAUGAGGUCACUGGGGAGACACACAGGCAAUGCUUUCUGUGUAACAGAAGUCAUCUGUCUUGGUUUAUCCCUUUCACUCUGAACUCUAUAGGUGAUAAACACUUGAUUGUCACAAAGUUCUUUGAUUUGUGACAUUCAAACAGUGUGUCUUAUUUCUAACAAAAGAAAAUAAUUAUUUAUGUUGUUCAUACAGCAGCUUACCUGCUCUUUGUGCAAACUGAAAUGCAAAUUAUAGUAUUUUGAAUCCUUUGUGUAUAUGUAAAGAAGAAUUACAAAUGUAUUGUUGUCUUUUAGUACUUUUCAUCCUACUCUGGAUAUUGUUUUAUUGUACUUAGAAACAUGUAUGUUCAAUGAAGCCCCUUUAUUCAGAGGUGCACCUGACACAUCUAUUUUUGAUGUGUGAAAUAUAUUGCUAUCCCAUAAUAAAAAAGACGGCCUAUAAGAAAUGCUGCGAUGAAAA